AGGAACGGUUAACACGAAUGGUGAAAAAAUGUUAGUUAGUAGUAGUUUGUAGACUUAUUAAUGUUAUUAGUGCUUAAUUAUUGGCGAGUUCUCCAAUAUGAAGUUUGUGACUGCGUUCGUAUUAUUUCUUAGUUUGUGGAGCGGUGCAACGGCUAGAUGCCGUAUGUAUGGAGAAUGCUAUAAUGUGGACGGAUUGGAUAAGCCAUGUCCAGCAGACAUAGAACCAGUGCAAUUGAUCUCAGGAAUAGAAGAUGAAGAAGAAGCAAAAGAAAUCGUCAGUAUUUUAAAAAACAGAUGCCCAAGUUUUGUCCAAGACGAGGAAGGGAACGAUUUGCCGGACGACCAGAUAUAUACUUGUUGCUCACCUGAUCAAAUUAUCAAGUUGUCAGAAGGAUUAACUUUCGCCGAGGGGGUUCUUGGACGUUGCCCAACAUGUUUAAGAAAUUUCGCGAGACAGGUCUGCGAAAUGACUUGUGCUGUAGAUCAAUCACGGUUUAUGGACGUAUACACACUAAAGGGGACAAAUGAUAUCGAAUACGUAAAUGAAAUAGAUUACAGAGUGCAUAGUGAUUUCAUGUUGGGAGCCCAUGCGUCAUGCGCCGGGGUCAUAGUGCCUCAGUCUGGGUUACCAGCCAUAAAUCUCAUGUGCGGGAAUGCAGUAGUUUGUGACGCAGAUGCUUGGUUUGGUUUUAUUGGUGAUGCUGAUGCUAAUUAUAUGACACCAUUGCAAAUAAAUUUUCUAAGGAAAAACUCUACGGAAGAUACAAUGAACAAACGUGCUUUACCGUGCAAUGAAACAUUUGAUGAAGACCUACCGUGUAGUUGUGUGGAUUGUGGGGCUGUGUGCCCGAUAGGAACUGAACCAGUUGUCCUUGAUAUUUGUACAGUUUUGUCCGUUCAUUGUAUUGGAUUUUCUGUAGGAGUAGUAUUUUUCGUAAUAACUACUAUAAUUUUUAUAUUCUUAGCUUUUAAAGACAGACGUUCAUCACUUAUAAAUAAAUCUAAGGAAUCGAAAGAAGGGAAACCGGACGUCAACAAGUUAACUCUUAUGUUUCAAAAAAUAUUUGGAACCAUUGGGAGAAUUUCUGCUAGUCACCCCGUGAUAGUAAUUAUGGUUACUACUUGGAUCGGUUUCUCAAUGUUCUUUGGCUUAUUAAGCCUUAAUUUAACAGCAAAUCCUUUAGAACUUUGGUCUGCCCCAGAUUCUCGAAGUCGCCAUGAACUUGAAUAUUUCAACAGUCGAUUUGGUCCGUUUUACCGCGCUGCACAAGUUUUCUUAACAUUCGAUCUGGAUCCAUUUGAAGUUAAUAACGUUACCUACGGGCCUGCAUUCAGGCUAGAAGCAUUAGAAGAGCUUGUUAGACUGGAAAAGGCUAUAAUUGAUAUAGGUCGAGAUAAUGGGGGUGUAGUUUUAGAAGACGUGUGUUAUGCUCCCCUUACAGUUCGAGGUCAAAAAACAACUCUCGACCAAUGUGCUAUUAUGUCUGCAACUGUUUAUCUAGGUAAUGACCAGUAUGAUAUUAAUAAUGCCACUUAUCUUGGAAUUAUUCAAAACUGUAUUAAUAAUCAUUACGCUUUGAAUUGCUUGGCAUCAUGGGGUGGAGGUUCCAUCCCUGAACUCACAUUCGGAGGCUAUGACGGCAACGAAAUAUUAAGUGCAACCACCUUAGUCAUUAACAUACCGAUUACCAAUUAUCUUCUAGCAGAAGACUUGCAGCCUGUUCUAGAAUGGGAAGCAAAAUUUCUCGAGCUUUUAGAGCACUAUAACGAGAACCUGAAACCAGACUAUGUGGUCGUGUCUUAUGGUACAGAAAGAUCAAUCGAAGACGAGAUUCAAAGAGUUUCUGUUGCAGAAGCCGUCCCUAUCGCAAUCAGCUAUGUCCUGAUGUUUAUAUAUGUUGUACUUGCUCUAGGAAACGUGAGGUCUUUUAAAACGUGGUUCAUUGACAGUAAAUUCACAGUCGCUGUAUGUAGUGUUGUUGUAGUAAUUUUAGCGAUAUUUUGUUCGAUGGGUACAAUGGGGUAUGCGAAUGUUACGCUUACACUACUUGCUAUCAAUGUCAUACCGUUUUUCAUUUUAUCAAUAGGUAUUGACAACGUUUUUCUUAUGAUUAAUACUUUACAUGACAUCAAAAGUAAUUUGAAAUCGUUAGAAGGUUUUAAUGAAAACUUAAGUACUGAUAAGAAAACAAAAAUGGUAUUUGAGGAAAUGAUGCGCAGGGUCGGUCCAUCGAUGUUUGUUUCUUCUGUAACACAAAUAACUUGUUUCGCUGUCGGCAGCCUGACUAAUUUCCCAGCUGUUGUGACAUUUGCGAUAUUCGCAUCUAUUUCACUGGGUUAUUUAUUCGUUUUUCAAGUGACCACAGUUGUUGCUAUACUUGCCAUUGAUUACAAACGAGCAGCUCAGAAUAGAUUUGACAUUCUGUGUUGCAUUCGAAAGAAAAUACUGGAUGAUGAAAGCCCGUUGCAUUCUGAGACUUCCUACAAAGGUAUCACUCAAAGAUUAAUGGAACCAUACUCAAAAUUCCUUCUGAAUUGGCGUGUGAAAAUCAUAGUAGCGAUUUUAUUUAUGGCAAUGGUAUCUAUAAGUGUUAUGCUUAUUCCUCAACUUGAAAUUGGAUUGGACCAAGAAUACUCGUUACCUAGAGAUUCCUACGUAUAUACCUACCUUCAGUCAGUUAACAGUCUUUUGAAACUUGGGCCACCGGUGUUUUUUGUUCUCAAGAGUGGAUUAAACUUUUCUGAUCCGGUUCAUCAAAACGUAAUUUGUGGUGGACAACUUUGUAGCGAUGACUCGUUGACCACUCAAAUAUUUUUGGCAUCUCAACACAGCGAGAUAACGUACAUAGCUUCGAGUUCGAAUUCGUGGUUAGAUGAUUUCAUUGAUUGGAGUAAUUUAUACGGCGGUUGUUGUAAAUAUAACACUACAAACAAUGGAUUCUGCCAAAGUACAGACAAUUCAACAGAGUGUUCGUAUUGUGUCAUUGAGAAGUCAGAUUAUGCAAAUGGCCAAUUGCGACCAAACAAGGAAUCUUUCCAAAGAUACAUUCCAUUCUUUUUGCAAGAUGCGCCCACUGUUGAUUGUAACAAAGGAGGCUUAGCCAGUUAUUCAGCCUCUGUUAAUUACGAACUUAACGCAGAUGGCCUUGCUUCCGUCCAGGACACUAACUUCAUGGCUUACCAUACCUCCCUGGCUACUUCGAAAGAUUACAUAACUGCUAUUAAAUAUGCAUAUGAAAUCAGUGAUAACAUUACUUCUGCAAUUAAACUUCACACAGGCUUAGAUGUUGAAGUAUUUCCGUAUUCUGUUUUUUUUGUUUAUUUCGAGCAAUAUCUGACGAUGUGGGGAGAUACUUUCACGACUAUAUCAUACAGUUUUAUUGGUGCCCUGGUACUCAAUCUAUUGGCGUCUGGUUUUAAUCUACUGACAACUUUUGCAGUAAUGUUUACUGCAAUUCUUGUCGUGCUAAACAUGAUGGGCAUCAUGUACAUUUGGAGUAUUCCUCUUAAUGCCGUGUCUUGUGUCAAUUUGAUUGUAUCCAUUGGUAUAGCUGUUGAAUUCUGCAGCCACAUCGCUUAUGCUUAUAGCACAAGUAGGCUCCAGGGGAGAGAUAGAGUAGCGGAUGCCAUCCAAUCAGUAGGAGCUACAGUCAUCACCGGUAUCACGUUCACGAAUAUUCCGAUUAUCGUAUUAGCAUUUUCUUACACGCAGCUGAUAGAAGUAUUUUUCUUUAGAAUGUUCUUCAGUUUGGUCAUACUUGGAUUCUUACAUGGGAUGGUAUUCUUCCCAGUUUUCUUGUGUUAUUUAGAUAGUACAUUUAAACAGUAACUGAUGUCAAAAUAAACAGAUCUUGAAGUUGUUGUUAAUGUAACAUUUAGCAAUUAAAUAAUUGUUCUGAUUAAACAUGUUAUGUAAAAGUCAUUAGAGUAAAACAAAGAUGAUAUCAUCGGCUUAGACAUAAGACUAGCAUAAGAUUCCCAAUAAAUGUAUAAGUUUAUUAACA